CGGGCGCGCCCAGGUAGGGGGCGGCCGCGCCGCGCAGUGCGGACCCUCGCGGAGACCUGCGCCACCGCCGCCGCCGCCACCAUGUCUCAGGAAGGGGUAGAGCUGGAGAAGAGCGUCCGGCGCCUCCGGGAGAAGUUUCAUGGGAAGGUGUCCAACAAGAAGGCAGGGGCGCUUAUGAGGAAAUUCGGCAGCGACCACACCGGAGUGGGACGCUCCAUCGUGUACGGGGUAAAGCAGAGAGAUGGACAGGAACUGAGUAACGACCUGGAUGCCCAGGACCCACCAGAGGACAUGAAGCAGGAUCGGGAUAUCCAGGCGGUGGCCACCUCCCUCCUGCCAUUGACGCAGGCCAACCUGCGCAUGUUCCAGCGUGCCCAGGACGACCUGAUCCCUGCCGUGGACCGCCAGUUUGCCUGUUCCUCCUGUGAUCACGUCUGGUGGCGCCGUGUGCCCCAGCGCAAAGAGGUGUCUCGGUGCCGGAAAUGCCGCAAGCGCUACGACCCAGUGCCCUGUGACAAGAUGUGGGGCGUGGCCGAGUUCCACUGCCCGAAGUGUCGGCAUAACUUCCGGGGCUGGGCACAAAUGGGGUCCCCGUCCCCCUGCUACGGGUGCGGCUUUCCCGUGUAUCCAACACGGAUCCUCCCCCCGCGCUGGGACCGGGACAUGGACCGCCGCAGCACACACACCCACUCCUGCUCGGCCGCCGACUGCUACAACCGGCGAGAGCCCCAUGUGCCUGGCACGUCCUGUGCACACCCCAAGAGCCGCAAACAGAACCAUCUGCCCAAAGUCCUCCACCCCAGCAACCCCCACGUCAGCAGCGGCUCCACGGUGGCCACUUGCCUGAGCCAGGGCGGCCUCCUGGAGGACCUGGACAACCUCAUCUUGGAGGACCUGAAGGAGGAGGAAGAGGAGGAGGAGGAAGAGGAGGAGGAGGAGGAGGAGGGCAGGCCCAGGGAGUGACCCCUGCGGGCGCACACACCAGACGCGGGCUCUGGAUGCUCUGUGUUGUUAUAAAAUGUGAGCUCAAAUCCGAGACAAGUGCCCUUGGGGAGCUGUCUGGGCCCGCGACACGGGUGGGGGGACUCCUGGGUCCCAUUCUGGGGCUCUGGGGAGCAAAUCCACAGUGGGAAAGUCCGGGACAGGCUCAGCACUGAGCCACAGAGAAGGUGCGGCCAGGACAAUUUAGUCUUCUGCUGGGAAACACCCCGGGGCCAGGCGGACAGAGGCCCGGGCAGUCAGGGCCUGGCGGGUCGGAUCAACAUGGCGGCCUUCUUGAGGGAGUAUGCCCCGCCACGGAACUCAGCCCAGUAGACACCAUCCUGGUAGCGGUUUCGGUAGUGGCCACCACGGUGCCACACACCAUUGAGGUUGGAGUGGGCACAGGCAUGGUACCACCAGCCCCCGCGCUGGUACAAGGCGCAGUUACCUGAGGGGAAAAGAGUGGGUGUCCUCACCAGAUUAAAGGAGCCUCCCCUGCACGCCACGUGCAAGGCAUCUGCCAACCAUCCCCUGGUCCUCCCCAGUCUUACUGAAUAUAAGCCCUGAUCCUCCAUUUCCUCUCCAAAAUAAAAACCCUGGCCUCCCA